AUGUGGCGCCCUCUGUUUCUUCUCCAGCUAACCCAGCUCCUCCUUGGCCUGGCCAGCGGCCAGAUCCAGCCCAGAAUCGUGGGCGGCACCACCACCACGCUCUCCGCCGUGGGUGGCUUCGUGGUGAACCUGCGCUACGACGGAACCUUUUACUGCGGCGGCUCCCUCGUGACCAGCAAGCACGUGGUCACGGCGGCCCACUGCCUCAAAGGCUACCAGGCGGGCCGCAUAACCGUCCAGGGCGGAGUGAGCCAGCUCAGCCAGUCGGGUGUCGUGAGACGCGUGGCCAGGUACUUCAUUCCAAACGGCUUCAGCAGCACCAGUCUCAACUGGGACGUGGGCGUCAUCCGGCUACAGAGUGCAUUGACUGGCAGUGGCAUCACCACCAUUCCGCUCUGCCAGGUGCAGUGGAACCCCGGCGACUACAUGCGCGUCUCCGGCUGGGGUACCACUCGCUCCGGCAACUCCAGCCCCUCCAACCAGCUGCGCACGGUGCGCAUCCAGCUGAUCCGCAAGAAGGUGUGCCAGAGGGCCUACCAGGGAAGGGACACGCUCACCGCCUCCACCUUCUGCGCCCGCACUGGCGGCAAAGACAGCUGCUCCGGCGACUCGGGCGGCGGGGUGAUCUUCAAGAACCAGCUCUGCGGCAUCGUCUCCUGGGGACUGGGCUGCGCCAACGCCCAGUAUCCCGGCGUCUACACCAGCGUCCAUCGGGUCCGCGGCUUCAUCCUCCGCUCCAUCAAGAAGUGA